CCAGAGGAGCCAUGAUAUCCCAGCUCUUCAUUCUGUCUUCCAAGGGGGAUCCUCUCAUCUACAAGGACUUCCGUGGAGAUUGUGGAGGCAGCGAUGUAGCGGAGAUCUUCUACAGGAAGGUGAUAGAACUGCCAGGGGACCAGCCUCCUGUCGUGAUGCAUCACAAAGGCCACCACUUUGUCCACAUCCGACACUUUGGGCUCUACCUUGUAGUCACCACCUCAGGAGGUGUUUCUCCCUUCAUCCUCCUAGAGCUGUUAUCAAGGCUGGCCACCCUACUAAGUGAUUAUUGUGGCUCCCUCAGUGAGAAGACUCUCUCUCUCAAUGUAGCCCUCGUCUAUGAGCUCUUAGAUGAAGUUUUGGACUAUGGCUACAUCCAGACUACAUCUACAGAGAUGCUAAGGAAUUUCAUUCAAACUGAGGCUGUGGUCAGCAAGCCCUUCAACCUCUUUGAGCUCAGCAGUGUUGGUCUGUUUGGGGCUGAAACCCAGCAGAGUAAAGUGGCCCCAAGCAGCGCAGCCAGCCGUCCUGUCCUAACUGGCCGCUCUGACCAGAGUCACAAGAAUGAAGUUUUUCUGGAUGUAGUAGAAAGGCUCUCAGUGCUUAUUGGAUCCAAUGGGUCCCUAUUGAAGGUGGACGUCCAAGGUGAAAUCCGACUCAAGAGCUUUCUGCCCAGCUGCUCUGAAAUGAGACUUGGCUUAACUGAGGAAUUCUGUGUGGGCAAAUCAGAAUUGAGAGGGUAUGGGCCAGGGGUACGGGUGGAUGAAGUUUCAUUUCAUGGUUCUGUUCGCCUGGAUGAGUUUGAAUCCCAUCGAAUCCUUAGGCUGCAGCCACCUCAAGGCGAGCUGACCAUAAUGCGGUAUCAACUCUCCGAUGAUCUUCCUUCCCCACUCCCUUUCCGGCUCUUUCCCUCUGUGCAGUGGGACCGUGGCUCAGGCAGGCUACAAGUUUAUCUGAAGCUCCGGUGUGAUCUACCCCCAAAGAGCCAAGCUCUCCAUGUCAAGCUCCAUCUCCCACUUCCCCGAGGAGUGGCCAGUUUAUCUCAGGAUUUGAGCAGCCCAGAGCAGAAAGCAGAAUUGGGCGAAGGAGCUCUUCGGUGGGACCUUCCUCGAGUACAGGGAGGUUCCCAACUCUGUGGCCUCUUUCAGAUGGAUGUCCCUGGACUUCCUGACCCCCCAAGCCCAGCCCCUCCUCUGGGCUUAGGUCCUGCAAGCCUCUCAUUCGAGCUGCCUCGGUAUACUUGCUCAGGGCUCCAGGUUCGGUUUCUUCGGCUCACAGCCCCUGGAACUCCUGGCAACACUUCCCCACACACGUGGGUGAGACACCUAAGCCACAGUGAUACUUAUGUCAUCCGGAUCUGAGACCCAAAUUGGGAGAAUUAUGUCAGCCUGCCUCUGGAAAGGAAAAAUGACCAACUAUUCCUACCACCAUUGCCUUCCUACCUACCACCAAGGGUAAACAGAUUGUGAGGCAGGGUUGGAAACU